GCUAUGGAUAUGAAUUCCCGAAAAGCCAACAUGCUGGGAGACACAUCCAUUCUGCCAGACCUGUGCAUGAGUCACCGGCGCCAGUUAAUUAUAAUGCAGAGAAACCAUGGGAAAAUCAUGGAGAUUAACUGGCGCGUGGAUCAUGCAAAGAGGGAGAUGAUCAAGAUCCUGAAUGGACGUUUGAAAUGGACAUACAGUGUUCAGUGCCAGAUGGCAGCAUUAUUAGAACACACUCACAUGAGUUCCUCCGGGUUGGCGACACUGAAGGAAAAGCUAAACUUAGUUCAGCAGAUCCACACUGUCCCUAGGCUCUAUUUCACAGCUGUGGAAGAAGUCGUACGCAGGAGAAAAUUCUCUUGUACAUUUCUUAAGUGGGCCAAUGGAAUCUCUAGUCAACUAAGCUCAAUUCAUGCAGCUGAAGUUGACAAACGUGAGCUCUUCCAGGCCCUAUUUAAAGACCACAUUUUGAGCAGUCUCUUUCCUGGACUACAAGACUUUCCUCCACCUUUUGCAACCCAGGCUCCAGAGCCAUUUGAUACCAAACUACCCAAGCUGGAAUUAGACAAUGUAAAGAUGCUAAAUGAAGAUAUGAUCCCAGAUUUUUCCACACCAGUUUCUUUGCCUGAUUUUAAAGCCCUUUCUCAGUUCUUUCAGUCAAACUGUAUUAUAAGCCCAAAGAAACCAAAGGAGGAGGAAUGCUUGUUGGAAGAAGAGAGAGCAAUAGAACAACCCUUGGAGAGCCAACCCUCUGGACCUGAACUGGAAUUAAUAAACUCGCUAGAGUAUACCGAGAAUAGAGUAGAUUGCAAGGAAGAUCAGGAAGUGAGUCAGCUGCACCAGACGAAGGAGCAAGUACAGAAAUUCAUAGCCACCGUGAGGAAUGAUCUUGGUUCGUUGAAGGAAUGCCUUCACAGUGAGCACAAUCACGUCCACAGCCUACUGCAGCAGUUGACCAGUGCAUACCGCAGUGAGGCGGACAUCAAGGAUCAACAUAUCUAUGAGCUGAGACAGGAGGUGGCCUGUCAAGAAGCGGAAAUUGAAGACUUGCGGAAACAACUGGCAAGGAGUCUGGAGGCAGAAAAAAGGGAGAGGGAAGAGAGACAGCAGGAGGAGGCCGCAAGGAACCAGGCAGUGAGUGAGGUCAAGAGACAGCUGAUCCAGGAUCACGAUCGAGAGAUGGCAGCUGCUCGCACUCGCUUCCGCCUUGUGGCCACAGCCACAUCGAUGACCGCAGCUAUAUUAAGUUCAUUUUGGAGUGGAUGGGUGUAAGUGUCAAUUAAUUAUCUAAACACAAAAAACUGUUGCUUAAAAAGUAUCGACAAUGUCAAGAAAAUUCAAUUCCUUUGCCUUUGGUUGACAAGAUGCCCAGUAAUAUGAAAAAG